GAGCUAAACCCGGAAGCGGAAAAGUGGCCAACAGAAGGAAACAAGUAAACUUUGAGGCUUGCCACCAAAGAAAAGCAACAGAGUUAAGAUGAUUUAAAUGAGCUCAAUUUGGAUUGUUUUGAGGAUAGCGUUUCACAAUGUGCUAAAGACCAAGAGGCUUUCAACCGGCUAUUAUAAUACGGGCACGCACGUCAUUUGUUUACAUGGCAAAACUACUAGCGAGCUAACACUAGCCUAGCCACUCGGCUGGGGUAAAUUUAAAUCACGAGUUGACAAUUAACAUGUCUUCGUAACGAAAACAACGACUUUUACUCACCUGGGUACAAGGAAGCUUUUGGUAACUUGUCUUUAUGUCACAAUGCCUUGUUCUUGCGGGAAUUGGAGAAGAUGGAUUCGUCCCCUGGUGGUUUUGUUGUAUAUUUUAUUGCUUCUUGUGGUCCUGCCGCUGUGCGUUUGGGAACUUCAGAAGUCGGAGGUUGGCACUCAUAACAAGGCGUGGUUCAUAGCCGGGAUAUUUGUCUUCAUGACUAUCCCCAUAUCAUUAUGGGGCAUUCUGCAGCAUCUGGUUCAUUACACUCAACCUGAGCUUCAAAAACCUAUCAUCAGAAUACUGUGGAUGGUGCCAAUCUACAGCUUGGACAGUUGGAUUGCCCUGAAAUAUCCCCACAUCGCUAUUUAUGUGGACACGUGUCGCGAGUGCUAUGAGGCCUACGUGAUCUACAACUUCAUGACCUUCCUGCUCAACUACCUGGAGAAUCAGUACCCCAGCUUGGUCAUGAUGCUGGAGGUCCAAGAGCAGCAGAAGCAUCUCCCGCCUCUCUGCUGCUGCCCACCCUGGCCCAUGGGAGAAGUUUUGCUAUUAAGAUGCAAGCUGGGAGUUUUGCAGUACACGGUGGUUCGACCUGUCACGACAGUUAUUGCACUCAUCUGUCAACUAUGCAAAGUGUACGACGAAGGCAACUUCAGCUCCACUAACGCUUGGACCUACCUGGUUAUUGUCAACAACAUGUCACAGCUGUUUGCCAUGUACUGCCUGGUGCUGUUCUACAGGGCCCUACGAGAGGAGCUGCGUCCCAUCAAGCCGGUGGGCAAGUUCCUGUGUGUUAAAAUGGUGGUGUUCGUCUCCUUUUGGCAAGCUGUGCUCAUCGCCUUACUGGUGAAGGUGGGCAUCAUCUCAGAGAAACGCACGUGGGACUGGCAAACCGUGGAGGCCGUAGCCACCGGGCUACAGGACUUUGUGAUCUGUGUGGAGAUGUUCCUGGCGGCCAUAGCUCAUCACGUAAGCUUCACGUACAAGCCUUACAUCCAGGAGGCCGAGGAGGGCUCCUGCUUUGACUCCUUCAUGGCCAUGUGGGACGUCUCCGACGUCAGGGCCGACAUCUCGGAACAAGUCCGCAACGUCGGCCGGACAGUAAUGGGUCGCCCCCGGAAGCCGUACUUCGGCGAGGCGCAGAGCUCCGGCGAGCGCUCUGGCCUCCUCUCGACCUCGGCUUCCCAGGACGCCAUCGGCGAGGUGGCAUCUGAUCCGCCGUCGCCCGGGGGGCAUUACCAGGGCAUGGGGCAGACACCCCACUCUGCGUCGGCUCCCGCCGGCCUCGGACAAGAAGUCAGAAGUGACGCGAGCGAUGAUGACGCGAGUGAUGAUGACGCGGGCGGUGACGGCGGAGCCAAAGAGCCAGCCCAAGCGGAUCUGAUCGUCAUCACUUAGAAGAGUCAUCGCUAAUGAAUGGGCGGGACCCAAUUACAUUGCUAACUGUGGCAAUCAAUAACAUGACAGCUCUAAGAAUGUUCUGUGAGGAAAUGACACUUAACUUCAUCUUAUGUUGGAUCGCAGUGGACUUGCAUCUCAUGAAGAGACUUUCUAGUCACAUUCUCAAGCAAUAGCGCCUUAGCCGGUUAGCCUCAUUUGCAGGGAUACGCACACAUAUAGUGUCAAAUUACUGGUUGUUAUGUUUGAAACGUCAUGUAAGAAUGUUGAAGGGCCAACCUGAGAAGGCACACUAAUAAUGACACUACAAAAAUGAAGGCGGAAUGUUAUGAGAAAUCUUUUUUUUUUUUCUUUCUUUCAAAUAUAUUUUCUUGGAGUAGGCAAGGCAAAAAUAAUGAGAAAAUAAGACUUGACAAUGAACUAUGAUAAUUAAAAAAUCAUUUUAAAAAAUAGGGCUGUUCAUAUAUGAUACCAGUUUCAGGUUUUUUUUCUCUUUAAGAAUAUAUUUUAAAAUUACAUUUACUGAAAAAAGCAACUUUGUUGCAAACCAAGUUUUUUUUUUUUAAAUUAAAAACUACAAUCCUGGGGGGUGAAAGACAAAUAUUUUGACAAAAAAGUUCUCAUAAGAUUCUAACUGCUUGAAAAAAUACAUGUAUGUCUAAAACAUUCUUGCCUUUUUGAGUGUGGCCAUUAAUUCUAAUGCCUUCCACAGCUUUCUUUUUUUUCUCUCAAUAAAACCAACAAUAAAGCA